CACCAUAGGAAAACCGUUAAGCUGUCCCCUUCCACAAAUCCUCUUUUUUCCUUUGUUACUUCCCGUUACCCAGAGUUUGUGACCCCUCUCUACACACAGCUGAAGUCCUAGUGAUAUGACUAAAAGAGCCUUUAUUUUGGACAUGUUGUUUUUUCCUCUCAAUGCUGCCAGCCACCAAGGCUAUGGUGGGAAGCGUCAUUAUAAUUCUCAGCAGAUUGCUAAUCACUGUCUGCUGUGGCUCUUGGGACUAGUGCUACACCUCACCCUCUCCUCAUGUCAACGAGUUGACCUGAAACACCCCAUAGUGUCCACUGGCUAUGGAAAGAUACGUGGUAUCAAGAAGGAUCUCAACAAUGAGAUAUUGGGCCCCGUGGAACAGUACUUAGGUGUGCCGUAUGCCACGCCACCUGUUGGCGAGCGCCGCUUCCAGCCUCCUGAAGCGCCAGGCUCAUGGCAAGAGAUUCGCAAUGCCACCAAUUUUGCACCAGUGUGUCCCCAGAACGUCCACGGGGUUUUACCUGAGAUCAUGCUCCCAGUGUGGUUCACAGACAACCUGGACGCUGCAGCGACCUACGUUCAGAACCAGAGUGAGGACUGCCUUUACCUCAACAUCUAUGUACCAACUGAAGAUGGUCCGCUCACAAAAAAACACGAUGAGUCUACAAUGAACAGACCGAGGGAUGAAGAUAUUCGGGAUCGCCGUAAGAAGCCGGUGAUGCUGUUCAUCCACGGGGGCUCCUACAUGGAGGGCUCAGGGAACAUGUUUGAUGGCAGCGUCCUUGCUGCCUAUGGAAACGUCAUUGUGGUCACCAUGAACUAUCGACUCGGCGUGCUCGGGUUUCUGAGCACAGGGGACCAGUCUGCUAAGGGGAACUAUGGCUUGUUGGACCAGAUCCAGGCCCUGCGCUGGCUCAAUGAAAACAUUGGCCACUUUGGAGGAGACCCAGAGAGAAUCACCAUCUUUGGCUCGGGAGCUGGUGCCGCUUGUGUGAACCUUCUCAUCCUCUCCCACCACUCCGAGGGUCUGUUCCAGAGGGCCAUCGCUCAGAGUGGCUCGGCCAUCUCCAGCUGGGCAGUCAACUACCGACCGACGAUGUACACCAAGAUCCUGGCAAAGAAGGUUGGCUGCACUCUCGGGGACAUGGCUGAUUUGGUGGAAUGCCUGAGGAGGAAGAGUUUCCGGGAGCUAGUGGACCAGGACAUCCAGCCUGCACGCUACCACAUUGCUUUUGGGCCUGUGGUUGACGGGGACGUGGUGCCGGAUGACCCUGAGAUCCUCAUGCAGCAGGGCGAGUUCCUGAACUACGACAUAUUGCUGGGUGUCAACCAGGGAGAGGGCCUGAAGUUUGUGGAUGACAGCGAAGGAGAAGACGGAAUAUCAGCAGCCUCGUUUGACUACACCAUCUCCAACUUUGUGGACAAUCUUUAUGGAUACCCUGAUGGUAAAGACAUCCUGAGGGAAACCAUAAAGUUCAUGUACACUGACUGGGCCGACCGGGACAACAGUGACAUGCGUCGGAAGACUCUCCUGGCUCUGUUCACGGACCAUCAGUGGGUGGCCCCGGCUGUUGCCACUGCCAAACUACACGCUGAGUUCCAGUCGCCUGUCUACUUCUAUACCUUCCACCACCACUGUCAGACCGAGGCGAGGCCAGACUGGGCAGACGCAGCCCACGGAGAUGAGAUCCCCUAUGUGUUUGGGAUUCCCAUGGUGGGAGCCACUGACCUGUUUCCCUGUAACUUCUCCAAGAACGAUGUCAUGCUGAGUGCUGUAGUCAUGACAUACUGGACCAACUUUGCCAAGACAGGGGAUCCUAACCUCCCAGUUCCUCAGGACACCACGUUCAUCCACACCAAGCCCAACCGCUUUGAAGAGGUAAUCUGGACCAAGUUCAGCUCUAAAGACAAGCAGUACUUGCAUAUCGGCCUGAAGCCUCGCGUGAGAGACAACUACCGGGCCAACAAGGUGGCCUUCUGGCUGGAGCUGGUGCCACAUCUUCACAGCCUCCACAAGGAAAUCAUUAGCUCCAUCACAACGCGACUGCCGCCCGGAGGCACCAACCGCUGGAAGGGCCCUCCCAGCACUGGCACACGCUCCACACGACACCCCGUAAUCUCCACCUAUGCGCCUGAUCCUGAGCCCUAUGGUUCAGAGAGGCCCCGCUUCUCUCCCUUCCCCGAUGAGACGCGGGACUACUCCACUGAGUUGAGUGUGACAGUUGCUGUGGGCGCCUCGCUUCUUUUCCUGAACGUGCUGGCCUUUGCCGCGCUUUACUACAAACGGGAUAAGCGUCACGAACUCAUGCAGAGACGCCACCGCCGGCUGUCCCCGCAACGUGUCACGACGAUGGGCAUGGGCGUUGGCAUGGGAGUCGUCGGGGCCCCACCGCACAAUGACCUGGCGCUGAGUCAGGAGGAGGAGCUAAUGUCGCUGCAGAUGAAGCAGCAAAGAGUGGAGCUGGAGCACGGCACACCCCUCCCAUCCCGCGGCAUCCACUGCGACCUGGAACCCCUGCGGCCUCCCGUGUGCCCACCUGACUACACGCUGGCCCUGCGACGGGCACCUGAGGAUGUGCCACUGAUGACAGCCAACACCAUCACCAUGAUCCCCAGCACCAUCAGCAGCAUGCAGCCCCUCCACCCCUUCAACACUUAUCCCCCUGUCCCAGCCCCCUCCACCACACCUGUCCCCAGCCACAGCAACAAUGCCCUGCCACACCAACACUCCACCACCCGUGUAUAGGACCAGGCACAACCUCUGCUACCCCACUCUGGGCUUACAGAGACGCACCACACAAACUGCUCCAAACAAACUCCACUCUCACCACCCUCUAUUCUUCUUUACUAUAUCUUUGUCUUUUCUCAUUAAGCCCUCGAAUAAAGCUGCAGUUUGUAAGAUUUUAAGCAGUGAAAUACCUCUAAAAUGUAAUCAUAAAUCA